GUGCGCUGAGCUCUGAGCAGCGUCACGUCACGUCAGGGCGGCGAGGAAGAAGAAGCUCCUCCACAGGGAUCUCGGCGAUAAUAAAAGGUGUCAUCUUUUCUAUCUUCACCAGGGAUGUCCGGCAGAUGCAGUUGCCAUGGAAACAGAUAAGAUACCCAAGUUCUCCUCCAAGGACGAGGAAAUCCACUUCUGGAAAAAUCUGUACCUGAAGUACAAGACAAACUGCCAGGAGGCUCGCGAGGAGCUGCUGGAGUUCCAGGAGGGCAGCCGGGAGCUGGAGGCCGAGCUGGAAGCUCAGCUGGGGCAGGCCGAGCGCCGCCUGAAGGACCUCAUCUCAGACAACCAGCGGCUGAGGAGCGAGGUGGACUCACUCAAGGAGAGGCUGCAGCAUCAGAAGUGUCAGAGCCAGCAGCAGAUCUCCCUGCUGGAGGACGACGUGCUGCAGACACGCAGCAUCAAGGAGCAGCUCCACAAGUACGUGCGAGAACUGGAGCAGUCCAACGACGACCUGGAGCGCGCCAAGAGAGCCACCAUCGUGUCCCUGGACAACUUCGAGCAGAGGCUCAACCAGGCCAUCGAGAGGAACGCCUUCCUGGAGGGCGAGCUGGACGAGAAGGACUCGCUCCUGGAGUCCGUGCAGCGCCUCAAAGACGAAGCCAGAGAUCUGCGUCAGGAGUUGUCGGUGCGUGAGAGGCAGACAGACGGCGGCAGGACGUCCUCCCCCAGCUCGCCCACGAGAGCCGACUCUACCCCGCAGGCGGUGCUGACCACAGGUGUCCACCACGCCUUCCUCGCCAACGCCACAGGUGUGCCCUCGGUCUACGGCAGCAACUCUCCGCUGACUCCCUCCGCUCGAAUGUCAGCACUCAACAUCGUCAGCGAUCUGCUCAGGAAAGUCGGGGUCCUGGAGUCCAAGCUGGCGGCGUGCAGGACUCAGGCCAAGGAGCAGAAGGCCAGGAAGAUCUACGCUCUGGACAACGACAACGUGCUCAACGCCAACACCGGCGCUCUCCACAUCUCCUACUUGGACAAGACCCAGGAAGCAGCGACCCUCACGACCCCGCCUGCCGCAUCGCUGCCCCUCGCCGUUUGACUCUCUCACCACGCCCCCAGUCGCUCUGGCCCCGCCCCUCCUGCCAUGUGCGCAGGGGGCGUCACGGCAACACUGGAGUAAUAUGCAAGGAAACUGUCCACUCAGCAAUAAGUUAGAAUAAUUGUGUCCUGGUUAUUUAUUAUUUAUUGAUGUUUGUCAACGUGCUGAAGGAGCCUUGUUAUCAAUAUUGAUCUGCUUUUUGACAAAAGGCGCCAAGUUUGGGUGCCACGGAACUGAGUCACUUGACAUGAGUCACUAUAAUGGUCAUAUUGAUCCUUAGCAUUCCAAAUCACCACAUUUUUAAUACUUUACCUGCACUUUGGUUUCAUUUUUUCACGUGCAAUAUCACCUGUUGUUUGUAUAUUUAUUCAGGAAUAAUAUUGAAAGAAAUGUUUCAAUUAAAAAAAGUCUCACUCAA